UGUUUAAUAAAAGCCGAUGACGUCUUUAAUAGACGGUAAAAACACUUCGAGGAAAGAGUCACAGAGAUUCAACACAACGAAGAAAUCAAAAUGGAUACAGGCGAUACAAGGCAUAAUGAUAAUACGGUGGCAGAUGGAGUUCCAAACGAUGCAAGUGGAGUCUCUGAUAGGAGACAAACAAGCUCACAACAAGAACUAUACGCGGUUGGCGGAGAAACCGAGGAUCUGCCCUCCAACACGCUUGCUGAAGAUGGAAGCAAACCUCAAGAAGACCCAUCGGCUCAACAACCAUCACAGUUCCACGAAGGGGACAAUUGGGAGAUCUGUAACUGCACCAAGGGCACUGAUGUGGCCUAUGUGAAUGGUGUCAAGUGUCCCAUUUGUGGCAAGGUGAUCAAUUUGGUAGUUGAAGAGUCCGCACCGGCAACGUCCACUAGUGAAACCGAAUCGGCUUUUUUUCAGGCACUUGCAACUGGAAUGGUCAUGGUUCCUCAAACUCCCGAACCUUCUCCAGGUGAUCAGUCAGCAACAACUUGUGAAGCUGUAGAUCAACAAGCGCGAUGUGCUGUGAGACAAAACGGAAGCAAGAUUGCUAUCGAAAGUAAGUAUCCUGUUCACGUCCUGUUCGUUUAGUAUGCUUUUCAAAGUAAGGUACCUACUAUAAGUGGUUAAUUUAAUAUGCAGAUACCAUACUUACGCUAUUCAAAUAUCCGUUCCCUCCAGCUCGAAGUUGAACAUUUUUCUUGUGCCAUAAACGUUCAUUGUACUAAAUAUGUAACAAGUCAAUUGAAAGAGUAAAAUUCGAAGUUUAAACUUGCAACAGGAAGUGUUUCAAGUUCACAAAUGCAGGCUAUAGUGCUCGUUUCUUUGCAAGACUGUUUGAGGUAGUGUAUCAUAAGUUAUCCAAAUAUGGGAAAUUCAAGUCAUAAAAUAAAGUGUUCUUUGCCGGCAAAAGAAGCUUAGAGGGAUAGCUAUUGAUGUAUUGCCAGUCUCAUUCUAAAAUAUAUCUCAGGCUUUUUGUAAAAGCAAUGAAAAAAUAAGACACCACCUUUUCAAGCUAUGGACGGAAUAUUUAAAGAGGCCAUUAGC